GGCGGCUGUCAAACGAGGUAAUUCGCACAACUUGGUCAACCUUGUGGGCUGAAUGGUGUGAUGUGCGUGCACUGGGGUGUCCGCCGAUGCGGGGUUGGGGGCAUCCAGGUGACAUUACCUGCCCAGAUUUUGGGUCCCCUGUCCGGAUGACGAGCCCAAUAGUUGAACAUGUCAGGACAGCAGAGGAGCUGCGCAGGGACCGCCAAUAUUAUUGAGGUGAAGAGCAAAUUUCGGACUGAGUACCGCCGCUUUGGGCUUCAGCAGGCCAGUGCCACCGGAUUCCAGGAGUUCUACAAGCUGCUGCUAUCCAUCCACCGGAUUCCAGGCCUCGACGUCUUCCUGCCCUAUGUGGACUUUCACGGAAAGCUGUUUCCUAUCAACAACGAUGAUAGUUUCCGCAGGGCUGUGUCCUGUGCGCAGCCCUUACUCCGGGUCAUUCUACAGCACAAAGAUGAUGAGCCUCGGACCUUCAUGAAGAAGAAGAAAGGAUCGGGGGCAAAAGCUAAGGGAAAACCCCGCUCAGGACUGCUGAUUGGACCUCCCAUGGACUUCCACUUGGUGUCCUCCAUCAUCGACGUAGACAUCUUGCCCGAGACUCUCAGGCGUGUGCGACUACACAAACACAGCUCCAACAAGACGCUGGGCUUCUACAUCCGCGAUGGACAGACCGUGCGCCUCACCCCACAGGGUGUGGAGAAGGUAUCAGGCAUCUUCAUCUCCCGGGUGGUGCCUGGUGGCCUGGCGGCGAGCACAGGGCUGCUGAGCGUCGACGAUGAGGUCGUGGAAGUGAACGGCAUCGAGGUGGCGGGCAAGUCUCUGGACCAGGUGACGGACAUGAUGGUGGCCAGCAGUCACUGCCUGGUCAUCACGGUGAAGCCAGCCAACCAGUGUAACAGUAUGGCUCACUUGAGCAGCAGACCCCCUGAUUCUGCCCACAGCCCUGCUUCCAAAACUCAGCUCAUAAGCAGUGCCAUGGAUGGUGAGUGUGACAAUGAGGAGCAUGACAUCAUCAUUGAGACUGAUGGCUUGUCACCUUCCUUACCAGUUCCUGCUGUAGCCAGUGGUGACGGAGACUAGAGAGACAGAUCUGUCUAACCCUCAUUGUUAGAACUUUGACUCUCCCCCUGGCACCGGCUAUGUAUGUAUGUGCAUUUGCGUGUACGGAUACUGAAGUGCAUGUUGGACACAGGAAAGCUACAAGAGAAGUCAAGUCAACUAGCGUCAAUGAAGGCUGUUCUUUGAUGGUGACAGGAAUAACCAAUCAGACAUUAAUACACAGACAUAACUGGACAUACAUCUACUGCUCCCCAAGAAAUGUCAUGAUCUCCGGAUGGAGUUGGAGAUUCCAAGGCCUUGCUGUGGACGGCGAUAUGCUCAAGAGGCAGAUGCCUCCUUCCGUGUUACCAGCAGGCCUUCGCCCGAGAUCUCUGGCAGGUUCUGGAUGCUGAGACAGGAUGGAACUUUUCAUUGGUUGCCUGCAAAUAAAUUAAAGGGUAAUCAUUGGCUGUAAGAAAAGUGCACGGGGGGGGGGGGGGGGGGUAGAGGCAAUACAAAUAUACAGGUAUGGACCUGUUCAGGAGCUGAGAAGAAGUAAAACACAAAGAAGACUGAGGCUUACCUGGGCAGGUUGGAAGUUCCUAAGGAUUCGCAGCUUUAACUUAUUGAUAAAAAAGAACCCAAGACCUACACAUUCACCCCCUCGUACUGAAUGGACUCACAGAAAAGGGUCACAUUUGCCGUGGGGGGGGGGGGGGG